UUGUGGAUGAGAUAAGAUCAAUGCAUUGUUGACCCAGGGAUUAAAUUAAACCGAGGAUCGAAAUGAAUUGACAGAGAACGCUAAACCUCCUGGUAGACAGAUCUUCAGAGCACACACACCUGAGACAUCUUCAACAACUUAGAUUACAACAUGAAAGUUUCACAUUUAUUUGUCGUGUUUUUGGCAAACUUUUGCUUAUCAGCGCUAGCACUUCCUGCUAUAUUGGAAGAUUAUAAGGACGAGGGUGAAUUAGAUGGAGAUUUCCAGAAACGAGAUGAAAUAUCAAGACGAGGCGUAUCGUUUGGCACAGCUCUGGGACACGGCACUGGCGGGAACAACAAAAACAGCCAACAAAGAGACGAGGCUUUCAAGAAGAUUUUUGGUGGCAAACGGGAAAUAAAAAAUUUGAAGAGAAGCUUGCAAGAUGUCGCAGAAUACAUGAACGAUUUGGAAAGAGCGUAUAUGUCACUGGCCGGCAGUGAAGAGAAACGAGAGCUUAACUCAAAGAGAGCUCCCUUCACCUUCGGCACCGCUCUAGGUCACAAUCAAGGAAAAGAUAAAGGAGAUUACCUCAGUUCAUUGAAUGCAAAGUUCAACGAGUUAUUUGGAGACUCGUGAGGAGACUGGGUUUAACAUAUCUGCGGAAUUAUUUAAGGACAUUAGGUUUAAUAUUUUAGAAGUAGUAAUAUAUGCCUGAUGCAUACAGUAUAACAUAAAGUAAAUGUGCUGUUAUUGGUCACACACACUGCUACAGUAUUUGCUGAUAAAUAAAUCAUGAUUAACCCGCUA